CGAGGGGAAAGAAAGAAAGGAGGGUGAGGACCCGGAUGCUGAACCGGAUUGUGUAUGAAUUUUCCAUCCUCGCUGGAGAAGGGGAGGAGCGGUGGGUGACCCAGGAGGCCGGAAGGGGGCAUCCGAGCCGAGAGGAAGCAGGAACCUCGCCGGCCCUGCGAGCUCCGACUAGCAGAGGAGCGCCGGGAAGCGCUUUGGCCAAGUCUCUGCUAAAAAUCUGCCUCGAAGUUAUUUAAAUCCGCUGCCUGUAGCUCGGGCAGUUUUGUUCAGGUCACCUCCCGGGGUUUGAGUGGAAGGAUCCGUUCUGCGUUUCCAGCUACACUGAUACUCGUCUGGCACCACUUAGCAAUUUUGAAAUCAGAUCAUUUCCUUUAAAAAAAACAAAAAGCAACUUGCACGGUAUUCUGACUUUUUAUACUGCAAGUGUAUGCCCUGAUUUCAUCCUCCAGCGCGUUAGAACCAUGAGGUUCAUUCAGUCCUUCCCAUGCUUACCGGGCGCCUGCCGUCUGGAAAACGAUCAGCUUUGAAGUUUAAAAACAAUGGAGAAGACUCAAGAAACAGUCCAAAGAAUUCUUCUAGAACCCUAUAAGUAUUUACUUCAGUUACCAGGUAAACAAGUGAGAACCAAACUUUCACAGGCAUUUAAUCAUUGGCUAAAAGUUCCAGAAGACAAACUACAGAUUAUCAUUGAAGUGACAGAAAUGUUGCAUAAUGCCAGUUUGCUCAUCGAUGAUAUCGAAGACAACUCGAAACUCCGACGUGGCUUUCCAGUGGCACACAGCAUCUAUGGAAUUCCAUCUGUCAUCAAUUCUGCCAAUUAUGUGUAUUUCCUUGGCCUCGAGAAAGUCUUAACCCUUAAUCACCCAGAUGCAGUGAAGCUUUUUACCCACCAGCUUUUGGAACUCCAUCAGGGACAAGGUCUAGAUAUUUAUUGGAGGGAUAAUUACACUUGUCCCACUGAAGAAGAAUAUAAAGCAAUGGUGCUGCAGAAGACAGGUGGACUCUUCGGAUUAGCAGUAGGUCUCAUGCAGUUGUUCUCUGACUACAAAGAAGAUCUAAAGCCACUGCUUAAUACACUGGGGCUCUUUUUCCAAAUUAGGGAUGAUUAUGCUAAUUUACACUCCAAAGAAUAUAGUGAAAACAAAAGCUUUUGUGAAGAUCUAACAGAGGGAAAGUUCUCCUUCCCUACUAUUCAUGCUAUUUGGUCGAGGCCUGAAAGCACGCAGGUGCAGAAUAUCUUGCGUCAGAGAACCGAGAAUGUAGAUAUUAAAAAAUACUGUGUACAUUAUCUCGAGGAUGUAGGUUCUUUUGAAUACACUCGGAGUACUCUUAAAGAGCUUGAAUCUAAAGCCUAUAAACAAAUCGAUGCACGUGGUGGGAACCCUGAGCUCGUAGCCCUAAUUAAGCACUUAAGCAAAAUGUUCAAAGAAGAGAAUGAAUAAUAUUAAGCCAUUUCCAGUUAGACCUGGUAGCUUAUUGCAGUUGACUAUUUUUUUGUCUUUUAGCCUAUCACUUUUUUAAAAAUUUGGACCAAGCUGUCAAUCUCCACAAACCGAGUGAAUAGGAGUGAUGUGAAUGAGGUGGUUUCGAUUUAGAACCCCUUUGUACAGAUAAUCAUCAUAGUACAAAGUUGAAAGAAUCAGAACGAGCCACAUUUAAGUAGGUCUGAUUUGAAUGUCAGAAUGUGCUAUGUCUGGACCUUAUGGACAACUGCCACAAAUGUUCUGUUGAUUCUGUCAGUAAAGAAGACUUCAGGUUCCAGGAAUUUUUAUCCAGAUACUUCCUAACUGUGCUAUAUGGGCAAUUUCCCAUUCGUCUACCCCAGUUUCAAGUCAGUGACUCCUUGGGACCAGUUUCUGUAGCGAGCUAGCCCAGAGACCACUGGACCUCCUCUUUCUUCCUAAAUGUUGUUACUUACAAUAUCUCGGUCUCUUCUUGGAAACUCCCUCACUAAAAUCUUCCGUGAAAAAGCUAACUGUGAUAAGCAGUAAGUGUACUAGUCUUUUUUCUUACCCUCUUACUUUUUAUUCUUCCUCCCUGCCCAGCAAAUUCUGCUUUUUAACCAGGGAGACUCCACUUAAUGGAAUUUAUAUGCUAGUCCAAAUUCAUUCAUUUUUUUCCUUAUAAUUUGUGACUCCAAAACAGAUUGAUACAUGGAUACAGCAAUGUCUUUCCAUUUGAGAAGAAACAAAAGGUACAUGGAAAGAGUAUUUUAGGGAAGAGCCUUUAUUUAAGCCUUUUUGUAGUUUCCUACUGGUUAGUAAGUAAAAAUCGUAAAAGAGCUGUUUGCUCACCUUAAGUACAAAAGCGGGGGGAAACGCCCUUUUCUUUGCCACUGAGGUCACUACUCCCCCUUAAAGGCAAUUGGUGCUUGAAUAAAAAGGGAAAUAGGUAUCUUUAAUCUCUGAUUAAAGGAAUGAGAAGUGUUAACCUGAGAGUUAGUGCCUGGCUGAAAAGUAGUCAAAGGCUCUGCUGUCAGGUACUCAAUUAGCUUUAUAGUGCUUUAACCCUGACUCUCUAUCCCUUUUGUGUACUUUCUACCCUGAACACCCUGGAGCCACCUGGCAACAAGAGGUAGGAGAAAAGAAAAGAAAAACCCUGAUUCCUUAGUUUACAAGUGUUGCUGACCUCCCCAAAUGAAACUGUUUUCCAGAAACAUUGCAUUUUGCUUGUUUGGUUCCAUUAUAAUAUAUUUUGGCAGAUUUAAUCACUAUGAACUUGCAUGAAAAAAUCUCACUGAAGCCUUCAACCCAAUCUUUGAAGAGUUGGGUAGUACCUUCACUAGUUUUUAAAAUUUGAAUCUUCCAUUUUAAUUGAAAAUCAUGGGUAUUUAUGCUGCAUUAUGGAAAUUUGAACUGUGUUUAUGAAUCCAUUACUUAAAAACUUAAAGAUUAGUCAAAAAGAUCUAAUGCUAACUAUAUAAACAAAAUAUUUACCUUUAAGAUGAAGGCUGCUUAAGUUGAUUAUUCCUUACCUAAUCAAAUUAAUUUUGGCCUGGUGCUAUUCAUGAUUCCUUUGUCAUUUGUAUCUGGUCUUUGUCAAGACAGAAAUGCUUGACCUUGAAUUGGAGACUUACAGAAAGAGUCAUUUUAUCCAUUAAGUAAUCAAAAGUCUAUUCUUUUCACCUUGAACUAUAAUCACAGUUGUCAAUACAGAAGAACAAUGUAAGAGUACUUUAAAUCUAGUAAAAAUAUAUUAAUUUAUCUACUUAGGUUUAAACUACAGUUUUGUUUUGUUUUUUUCUGCUUAAAGGAAUGUCUUGGAACCAAAGUAAACCGGAUUUUGGAUGUAGAAGACCUGUAAUUUUGAAAUAUUUUCCUAUUUUCUAGUCUAUAGAGGUUCAAAAAAUAAAUUGAUUUUUUUCCUUGCCAAAGCCAAAAGAAUGAAGGCUAAAUUAUGUUGUCAUAAAUAAUUUUCAGCGAGAUUUUAAAUCCAUUAGCUCUUCUCUAUUCUACUGUAUUCCACUCUGUUAACUUCCAACUUGACUUCCUUCCCUUCUUGACCUAUGCCCUACAGUCAUUCACUUCUGGCAGCCGUUUAGGGGCUUUCUCGGAUCACUUUCCUCCUUUCCUUAGGUCCUCAUCCUGCCAGUUCCCGCAUCCAACCACCCCCAUCUUUGUUCCUCCCAACUUGCUCAGUGCUGCUGGGGAGUGUUUCCACAACUGCUCUUACCACCAUUGCAGGUUAACAUGUUAAGGCCUCAGUAAGACCUUUUAUUUACCUAACCCUGAUGGGAGUUUUCACAUUUGUCGAUCUAAUGUCUACUGCUUCUUUUCCACUCUUUUUCCAGUUAAUGGAAACUGCAAACUUUCCUCCUCUCUACUUCUUAAGUCUGUCGGCCUUUCAACUCGAGAAAAGUUGUUUGUCCUCAUGCUAUAAGCCCAAGGAACCCCUCCCAUUCUUGUUUCCCUCCCUUUCUGCCUCUUGAGGGCCUAUUAAGUCCUCUGCAUUAUAUCCUCAAGAUUUAUCUGUUGGCUCUCUUUUUAAUCAGUGUAUUCAGAGGAAGGAGAAGGGGAAGGAAAUGUACGUAGAUGAAGUACCUAUUGGGUACCAGAUGAUUUGUUCAAGCAUUUGUUGAGCAGAGCCAGGACCUUGAAUACAGGUCAAAGCACGUCAUCCUAUACAGCCAGCCUCCCAUUCUAUGUGCAUACUUAAAUAUGUUUAAAAGUUUUGAAAGCACUGUCUAUUAUAGUAACAUACACUCCAACCAAGGUGUUCUUUCCAAAGCAUA